UUUAUUAUGUGGAGACCGGCUGCUGUCUGAUAAUUAAUAUCCCCCCAACUAGCAAUUGCAGGUCUUGAAUUGGCAUUUUCGAAUUAAUAUUUUGCAUAGGGUUGAUUUUUCAAGACAGUCGGAAAAUAAUCUAAAUAUACUACUUACUUCGACGGACGGAUAGUAAAGUAGUAAAGCUUUAAAUUGUGCUCAAAUUUUUGGUUCGAAUUUCGAUAAAACUACACGUUACAAUAAUUCAUUAGUUACCCUAAUCCAGCGGUCGGGGAACUUUUUUAAUUAUUACCCCAAAAUAUUUUUGUGUAAGUUGAUAUUACUCGAUGGCGAAGAACAAAAAAAAACGAAAUCGCUUCUUUUUAGUAUCUUUCAUAUUAUAGCCCCUAUGAUAAUUUUAAAAAGAAAACAACAACAAAAAAUUUUACGAUUCUAAAGAAGUUUCACUUCGAUAUAUACUUUUGUUAUAUAUAUUAUUAAUUUUAUCAUUAAUUUUUACUCACAAAAGUUUCAUUUUUACCCGCCAAAAUUUCAUUUUACCCCAUUUGGGGUAAUUUGCCUAGGUUCCCCGACCGCUGCACUAAUCGAUGGUAAGCUAUGCAGUGCAAAGGCUAUCGAUUUUGAAACUAAACACAGCAAAGAGUUAUUUAUUUACUCUGAUUUUGUGUCAAAAUUUAUCAAACGACAUUUAUUCGACUAUAGUUUUAUUUUUUUUGUUACUGUAUUAUUUCGACAUUUCAGUUUUUAAAUUUAUCAAAGUGCAAUACAGCCAACGUUGUUAAAUAAUUAUGAUAGCCGGGCAUUACACAUACGAUUCUAAUUCCAUUGAAAUGGAUAUAAUAAUAAAGAAGUGCAUCUGGACCGGGGUUCAGGGCGGAUAACCGCGAGUCGAGAUGCGGGUGAGGGCGGCUCGGGCCCUGCGUGCUUUAAGACGCGUGGCACUCUUGUUUCCGCUAGUAUUGACUGCGCUGGCGCUAAUCCUGCUGCCGCGCCCGGGACCUCUCACACCCCUUGCACAGAAUCCUACCAUUGCCGCACAGAUCCACUCGCUCAAAGACGACCAGCAUAUUCAAGAUCGUUCCAAUGAACUUCAAGAAGAGGUGCUGCACGAGGAAGGUGACACCGUAUCCCGUCGCCACUGGUUCAUGCGCGGAGGUGAACAACGGCCUUGGAAACACGAUCCUAGUGCACAAAUAUUCCCUGAGGAUGCCCCUGGGGAUGACAGAAUCGUUCAACAGCUAUCAUACAUAUUACCGAACGACGAGGAGGCGCCUAUUAAAAAAAUACUACUUGCCAAUGGCCUCGGGGCGUGGGGCGUAACCGGUGGUCGUACAGAAUUCCUCCGAAACAAGUGCCCCAUAGACCGGUGUCAUCUUACGGCGGACUCGAGGGAUGCCGCCUCUGCAGACGCUAUACUCUUCAAAGAUCACCAUACGCCUUUUAACGUCAAAAGAUCUCCUAAUCAGAUUUGGAUUCUCUACUACUUGGAAUGUCCUUACCACACGGCUUCCUUGCGGUCUUCAUCCUUCGACGUAUUUAACUGGACUGCAACUUACCGCAGAGACUCUGAUAUAGUAGCACCUUACGAAAGAUGGGUGUAUUAUGAUAAUUUGAUUCCUGAAAAAGAUAUAGAAAGGAACUAUGCAGCUAAUAAAACAAAGAAGGUAGCGUGGUUUGUAUCAAACUGCCACGCUCGCAACCGUCGGCUCCAGUACGCGCGGCAACUCAGCAAAUUCAUCCAAGUGGACAUAUACGGCGCGUGCGGCUCUCAUCACUGCCCACGAACCGACCCCAACUGCUUGGAAAUGUUGGACAAAGAAUACAAGUUUUAUCUGGCUUUUGAAAAUUCAAACUGUCGGGAUUACAUAACGGAAAAAUUCUUCGUCAAUGGAUUACAACACAACGUUUUACCGAUCGUGAUGGGAGCCCGGCCAUCGGAGUAUGCAGCAGUGGCUCCACGUAAUUCGUACAUUCAUGUAGAAGAGUUUGCCGGUCCUGAAGAACUCGCUGCGUACUUACAUCGCCUUGAUGAAGACCAAGAUCUAUACAACUCUUACUUUAAAUGGAAGGGAACAGGAGAAUUCAUUAACACAUAUUUCUUUUGCCGCGUAUGUGCGAUGAUUCACGCGAACGAAAGACGGCAAAGGAAUACUCACUACAGCGACGUGCAGGCAUGGUGGCGGGACUCCACGUGCACGCGAGGCGAAUGGCGAGCCAUGGAAUCUGAUACUAAAGAUAAUGGAUAAAUUAUUGACCAACCAGCCUUUGUUAAUCUAAGCAAUAUUCGUCUAUGAGACGUACAUGUGAAAACUCCGAGCUUCAGAACAAUAACACUAGGCUGAAAAACAGCCUUAUCCAAUAUGUACGCGUUGCUCGUGUUCAAGUUGCUGAGGCCAUAUUUAGGUGUUGCUACGAAUUAUUCGUCUUCGCGUCCACAGUUGCGUUAAGUGUCGAUAGAAAUUGUACACUCAUUGACAUACAUUUUAAUUGCAAUCAAAUCAUCAAAUAAAGAGAAAGCGUUGUAUUUUAUGAAAUAAAUUCUUAAUUAACAACUAUUUACAAUGAUAACGUUAAUGGAAUAAUACACCAGCCUCACAGAAAUCUUAGUGAUAAGUAAUUAUACAAUUUCAAAUACUAUAAUAUAAAUCAGAUAUGUCUACUUUUUUUACAUUUCUGUUACAGUUUACAUUGGCGCCCAACGUGAGGCUAUUUUACUUGAUCUCUUUAUUUAAAUUACCUAUGCAUUUACUACUUACUAAGUUGUUUUUGAACUGUAAGUUGUUUAGUUUAAAAUAAUAUUUUGUAUUGGAUUUAUUGACACACAUUUUAAUUUAUAAAACUAUUUUGUUGAAUUUUGAAAUAUUUUAAUGGUAUUAUUUAAUAGUUUGGGUUUAGUUUAAUAGCUUCGAAAAAAUUUUAAAUAUCAAAUGCAAAACAUGCGAUAUUGAUAUUGUACUGUACGACUUACUUUAACUUCUACACUUUUGACAAGUCUAGUCACGAUGCCAUUAUUUGAGUUAGCACAAAAAAUUACGCAUUCAACUUUUCGCACAGUAUAAAACACCGUAGUAACUAUAGAACUUAAUAUAUAAGUAAAAAAAUAUAUUCAGUCAUCAAUAUUGUAAUAUAAUUUCAUAUUGUUAAUAAAAACCCAUUAAUAUAAGUGAAUGUAUUUCAUGUUACAGUUUAAACUAAUUCUAAGAAAAUUUGUUAAACUUUAUUAUUAUUUGUAUAUUAUUAUUGAACGCACGGCUCAUUUAAACUGAUUUAGGUGUAAUGUUUUUAGAAUUUCGUUGGUACUGAAGUUAAAUUUACUUUAGUAAUUUUUUUAUUUACUUUUUGCUAAGUAUAUAUCAGGGUACAAAUUUUAGCUUGUUGUUUAUCAUUAAUAGGUGAACCUGUGAUUCUGAGGUUAAUUAUUGUUAUUAUUUUUGAGAUUUGUUAAUAACCACAGAUAACAGAACACAUUUUUAUUGUAUUUUAAUUGUAAUCGUGAUUAAAAAUUGACAUCAUGAUACCACAGAUAACAUCACAUUUUUUGUAUAAGCAUUUAUUAUUAUAUUCCUGCAAUCUGGUUAAAUAUUUGAUAAAUGCACACAAAAUUACAAACAUACUACAAAUAAACAUUAAUCAGUAAAACUCAGUAUUACUCUGCGAUCACGAUAAUGAGGUCUUAGACAUGAAAUAAAAAAAUAUGUUCUAAUACAGGAAAAAAUAUUUAUUUACUAGCAAAAUGAAUUAUUUAUGUAUAAUUAUGACGCUUAUAUCGCCAUUUUCAGCUAAUAAAUCUAAUUCGGAGAUCAUUCAGCAAUUACCUACACUAAAGGAACUAUUAGCAUUAAGUUCAAUUGCCUGUGUUAUCUUGUUGUUUAUUUCUUUUUUUUCAACUGUUAUUUUGCAUAAUGUUUAAAUUUUGUAUAACUUUGUUGUAAGUAUUUGUUAAAUUGUAAAUUAACCAAAUUGGAUACAAAAUUUUUAUUGGAACCGAUUUAAACACAUCAAAAGCACAGUGUGCUUAGUGCGAGUUUUUUAACCUCUCGAUCGCGUAAAAGUUACCUCAAAUUUGUAUUGAGUUGGAAUGUAGCUUCCCUUCGUUUGCCACUAGGCACCGAUUGCACUAAGCACGCUGUGCAACAUUCACUGUGUGUGUAACCCAAAAACAACGAAACAGCUUAGAGUUAAAAGGUAGAUAAUAUGAUAUACAUAAACAUAUACAUUAUUAAGUGUUUAUAAAUAUUGUUUGACAACCUACUUAUUUUAGUGUUUUAACAAAAAUACUAAAGAAAAACCAGGGUAAGUAAUUCUUCAAAAUAUUAGUAAAUACCUAUGUCAUGUGAUUUUUUCCUUGAAUUAUUAUUAAUUAAUAUAUUUCCUUUUUUUUUUUUUGAACUUACGCAAAUGUGACAAUCUGAUAAUACAAUACAUAUUGAAAAUUUAGAAUGUUUAUAAUUAAUGUUUUGGCAUUCACAAUAGAUAGGUACAUACAUUAUAAUAUGAAUACCUAUUCCACAAUCUUGAGCUUUAUUUACAAUACAUUAGAUGCGUAAUCAAUUACGUAAAAAUAAGUUUUUUGUAUUUAAAGAGUACAUUAAAAAUCUCCAUUAUAAUUGCACAUAAACUAUAAUAAUAUAAUAUAUAUGAUUUCGUAAACGGAUGCGUACUUUGCGACAGAAAUAACUGAAUGUAAGGUAAUACUUACCCGUUCGGCUUGAAAAUACGACAAAUCGAAUUAUGCAAAAUUAGAAUUCUGCAAAUAUCAUAAAUUUAUUUAGCAUACGACAUUAUUCAUUCGUCGUGGAAGUCAUUCGUGAACACGCAUUAGUUACAACAGUUAAUACAAAAUAUUUAAAAACAAGAUUCAAAUUAAAAGUUUAAACACCAUUUUCUAAACAACUUUAGUUUUCUAAUUUUGUAACGACGCGUGCAGCUUUUACUUGAUUUUCUUUUUUAUUAAUGAUGUAAAGUUCACCAAAAGGACCGUUACAUAUUUUCUUAAUUGUUAAUUCGAUCACAAAGAGUUUUUAUUAUGAACAUUAAUUGUGGAUUUUAAACAGAUGACGACCUAUCUAUUUAGUGUUUAGAUGCUACUAGAAUCAAUGUAGGUACCUCCUAAAUACAAAGUGAAUGCCACAGCCCCCUUAAAAUAGUAAGUUGAUGUUACACUAUACAUAGAUUUGGUCAUCGGUUUAAAUAUUUAGUGACGGUUUAGGGUUAAGUUAGAGUUCAUACAUAAUAAUAUUAUAAACGAAAACUGCCUGCAAAAUUAAUGGACAAUAUUGAAUGACAUAAAUGAGAUUAAAAUAUGUAAACUAACUGUAAUUUGAUUAGAUGUGCAUAACUUUUAUAAAUUCUAGUAUACAUAUUAACCAAUAGCCGUAAAUGAUAAUCUCUAUAUUAUAGAAAACUGUUCUUUCUUUUUAGCUCACUUGAAUAAAAAAGGAGGUUGUUCGGUUUUUUUUAUGUUCCCUAGGUACACCGACAUUUAUCAAUAUGUUUUUGGAAUGAAUGAUUACUGGGGGGCUCUGUGGUCUUUCCAGUUUUACCAGGACAGGUGGGCGGAAGAAGGCUCAACCACGAGGGAAGGGAUUUGCUAACAGCUGUCCGAGCGCCUCUCCAGGAGACCUAUCAACUCAAGGUUGCUUCGCAAAUGCAUCUACUACUGGAUCGAAAUCGCGACCCACUGAAAAGAUCCGGCGAGAAACUCACGGACUGACGUCAGGGUUAUGUUGCAUAUCGGAUUCUUUGUCGAGUUCGACGAGUACCCUGCUCCUAGUGUUAUAGCUGAAGGCGUAUAAUACAAGAAUUAUUGGGUCUGAUAGAACCGUAAUGACAUGUCUAGGGCGGUCAAAUUAUGCUUUUAUUUGAAAGUAUAUAUUUUUAGUUUGGUUUCACACAAAUAUCAACAAAAUCGGUUCAGCGGUCUCUUUUCCAAAACCAAAUUAUUAGAAAAAAUGUUAAUAAAAUACCUAUACAAAAUUUGUAUUUAGCUUUUAGUGAUGUGUUUUAUUAUUGUAGUCAGUAUUUUUUUAAUUGGGUUUCUAUGUAUAUUGAAUUGCCAAUUAUUGUGACUGCGUGACAUAAGUUAUAUUUAUCUUUGGAGUUGUCGAAAAAACAAAGCUAAAAAAUAUGAGAUUUUUACCUAAAAAUGUUUAGGUUUUUUUUCUUCAGGAAGAAAUCGCCGGACUUCUGCCCUUCACUGGGGAUGGAGGGCGGGGCAUGUCGGAUUCGGACCGACUAAUACCUUCUGUCGCUCUACAACCAGCAUCGAAAACUCGCAUAAGACAGAACUCAUGAAAAGGCUAAGGGGGGAAAGUGAAGCGUUUAGUGCGGAGCACAUCUCUCCCAUCACCCUCCCCCUUGGGACGCCGGACUGGCGGUCGUCAGCGCCACGAUCACCAGCCCUCUCGGUCGGCAGGCUAUCCGAAGCCCGCCUAGAUGGCGCCGGUUAGAAUGGUCUAUCCUACGGAAUACCCCGCUGGGUCAGAACCAGCGUGGGUUGAGGAUAGCCGGCCUUCCAUCACCCGGAUGCUCAUGCAUAAAACGCAUGCGGAGCAGCUGCGCGUCGUCUUCUUAGGCCCUCUUCGCCGGUCCCCAGGCCGACAUGUGAGGGAGACCCGAAACACUUAGCGGGCCAGGACUUGGGCGAGAUCCGCCUCCCUGGCCCCCGCUCAACGGCGGCGGGUCUGUGCGUCCCUCACGCGCCCCGCCGCCUCUUUAUGCGAGAUGGUGCACUCGCAGAAGUCUAGCAUCGUCUUCCACGACUCGUCGUCACCGAGCAUCGAUCCCACAACACUCGGCAACGACAAGUCGUUUCCUAUUUUUGCUACGAGGACACGGCGCCACCCCUCCCAUGCAGGGCAGGUGACGAACGUAUGCUCAGCCGUGUCCAGGUCGCAACCACAAUGGUGGCACUCGGCUCCAAUCCGUUGCAGGAACUCACCGAAGCAACCAUGCCCAGUGAGCACCUGCGUGAACCGGAAAGUGAGAUGUCCUUUGACACGAUCCACCCAAUUCACAAGAACCGGGCGAAUCGCCUCGACGGUCCUACGACCAACCGAAGGAUCGACCAGCCGUCUGGACCACGACUCCAGCACGAACCGUCGAGAUUGGACCCUCCGCGCUCUGACAAUACUGGGGCUGGGAUGUGCCACGUCCGGGCACGAAGGUCUGCCCGCCACUGAUAAUCAGCGGCCAGUGCCUCCGCCUCCAGGACCCAAGGCGGCGUCCCAGCCAGUACACAAGCCGCCUCGAGGGAGAUGUUGCGAUAGGCACAGAUGACCCUGACCGCGAUGGUGCGUUGCGGCCGUUGCAGCAGCUUCGCUACCUCCACGGUCAGGGACUGGCCCCACACGGGCGCCCCGUAAAAAUAUUUAAUUAUUUAAUAUUGUAAACUUGUACACAUAUUUCAUUGAUUGGCAUCUCUCAAUAUCAUCUAUUGAGGAGAAACUACCGUCCUACUUAUUUCUACAUUGGAACAUUUGUGCAUUCCGAUGUAUAGGGAUAAUGUAUCACAUGUUUUGUUUCGAGUCCCGGUAAACCAAGUGGACCAUUAUCUUCCCACUUAAUGUAAUUAAAAAAGGAAAGACAAUCUCCGACUGCUGAGAAGCUAUUUCACGUUAAUUUCUUUGGUGCUAGUCGGUUUAACUUCUAUGUCAAUACAUACUUACUGAAGUAAUAAGUAGUAAUAUUAUGAAACUUGUCAUUUCAUGUACGCAAAAAGCACAUAAGAGGCCAUUCAUUGAUUAUAUAAAGAUCCUGACAAGUAGGUAUUUAAACUUCUUCAUAACCAUAUCUCGAGAGACAGAGGGAUAAAGGAAAUUUUUCCAGUCCAAAUGAACAUAUUUCAAUAUAGUAUCGUGGACAUUUUAGAGAAAAUUUAGUUACACAGACAUGAAUUUUAUAAUUUCUAUUCAUUUCAAAUGUUCACUUUUUUAACAGUAUAACCUUAAGUGAUAAUUUAGUAAAAUAAAAAUCUUUGAUUUAUAUCAAGGUAUUGAGUAUAAUUACUGUACAUGAUCCUCUUCUAAUGACAUUGAAAUCUUUACGAAAACUAAACAUAAUCCUAUGUAAGACAGUCAGGGAGAAACAGAAAUAUUACAUGGGAGUAGAGUAAGGUAAAAAUAAUGUGUCAUCUUUAGGUAAUUAAUCAAUGGCCUCUAAUAGGCUAAAAGAGACAAAUGUAAUAAUUUAAGUGAAAUAAGUAGGUACUAAAAUGAAAAGUUUAUAAAAUUUCCUAAAUAUUUUUAAUAAUACACAAUCGAAUUGCACAUUACAUAAGAUUGUAUUUUAAAAGUUGUUUAGUUUACUUAUAAUUACUUAUGACAUAUUUCAAUUUCAUAAUAUCAGACGUCAUAAUUUUUUUUUUGUUCAGAUAUCUUUGUAUUUUGAGUUUUCAUCAAGGCUCUCAAUGCAUAUAUUGACAUUUAAAUACAGAUUGGAUAAAUUUCAAUAAACUAAAAACAAUGUGUGCCUACAAAAAUUUGAGCAUAAACCAAUUAAAUUAUUUUAUGUCAUUGUGUUUUUAUGGAUUAAGCAAAUAAACAGAUAUUGAUGUUAAAAA